UGUAUUUUUCUCGACGCAGCUGACGAUGUAAACAAGAGAAGACAGUCGAGCGCAACAGGGAAAUCGAGCUCACCGGCGACAACUCGAAUUCAAAGACUCUUUUUCGGGGGGUGGGCUCGCGAUCGGCCCGAGAUGGGGCUCCCUGUUACUAUAAAAGUCAAUUUUAGAGGGAACGUCAAGAGAUUCCUGGCAGGCGACCUGGACAAGCUGGAGUGGAGCUCGGUGGAAGCCUGGAUUAAAGCGUCAUUCGGAAUUAACCACUUUCAAGUCAAGUACUUUGAUGAGGACAGCGAAGAGAUUUGCAUCAACAGUCAAGACGAGUACGAGGAAGCCAUCAAGAGUGCCGAGAAGCAAGGCAACCACCUCAUCAUGAACGUCUACAAGAUGAAGGGACAGGCCUGCGGUGGACCUCUGAAGACCGAGGUCAAGGAGCUAAAGGGGGACCUCCGACCGGCACCCCCUUACCCGUCGCGUGUCAAGACAGUAGAGAAGGGCACGCAGGUCACCCCGGAGCGAGAAGCUGUGACUGCCAAGGACAACAAGGGGUCCAAAGCAGAAGAUGAGCCUCCUCCCAUGUGGUUCAGAUCCUACAUGGAGAAGUUUAAAGAUGAAGUGGUGAAGGAAGUGGUUGAGCGCAUGUGCAGCGACUUCUCCGGCCAGUGUUGUACGCACAAGUCUCCCGCACCGCCGCCACCGCCUCUUGAGGUCAGCGGGCCCAGUUGUGCUCCAGUCAUGGGGCCCAGGCCAGGACCCCCCGCCACCACCGAGGGGCCCAAGCCGGGCCCGUCCACCUCCAGCGGGUCUCUUGGCUACACCCCAAACUGCAGCAGCUGCAACAAGCUCACCUCUGAAGGAGCCUACAAGUGCAGUGUUUGCCCAUCCUGCAUCCUGUGCGAGAUGUGUCGCCACAGCCACGACCCCAGCCACAAUCUCGUGAGAACCAAGACACCCCUGUCCAUCCCCGAGCAUGGAAUGUCAGGAGAAUUGAGGUUCCCAAGGCGAGGAGACAGAACGGUGCGCAAGGCCGAGCGACAGCGCCUCAAAGCGGAAAGGAGGCAGCUGCGAGCCGAAGUGAAGGAAAUCAAGAAGAAACUCAGAUUGGAGAAGCGGGGCCUGCAGUGGAGCGGACCCUCCACCUCGGGCCGAGCCGCCCCGACUAACAUGGCCUCCGCCUCCACCCAGGCCCCCGCCCCGCCACCCCUGCCCGCUGCAUCAGACACAGCCUCAGGUCCCGCCCCUGCCCCGGUCCCCGACCCCCAGGCCUCCAGUCCAGAGGGACCCGGGGCCUCGCACGCCUCCUUGCUGCCCACUAUGGCCGCCUUGUUUCUGGAUGAAAAUCUGCCGGACGGCACCCGUCUGGAGCCCGGCACCAAGUUCAUCAAAUACUGGAAGAUGAGGAACUCGGGAACUAUCAGCUGGACCCCGGAGACCAAGCUGGUGUUCAUGUGGGGUAACCUCGGACUGGCAUCGGAGGAGAGGAGGUCGGUGCCCGUCCCCCUGUUGCUGCCGGGCCAAGUGGGCGUGGUCAGCGUGACCUUUGUGGCGCCUGUGAUGGAGGGCACGUACACCUCCCACUGGCGCCUGGCGCACCGCGGCCACCAGUUUGGGCCGCGCGUGUGGUGCAGCAUCGUGGUGGAGCCCGGCAACGGCCUCAAUGCCCUUCAGCAUCACCGGAAACGGCUGAAGGAGCAGCUGAAGCCGGGGACGAAGGACGAGGAGGUCCGGUCCAAGGAGGGUUUGUGCGUGGACAUUAGCCACAACGGCUUUUUCCUGCCUUACGUGGACCUACUGACCGCUCAGGAUCUUUUGUCCUUUGAGUUGAUGGAUAUCAACAUCGUGCAGGAGUUGGAGAAGGUUCCUAACAACACUCCCGUGGAUCUGACGCCUUGCAUCUCCCCUCUGCCUCAUGAUGCACCAGUGUUGGAGAAGGCGCCCGCUGCACAGAUUAAAGACGGCACACAAGUCCAGAAAAUUUUUGGAGGAAAAUCUAAGCACCCGAGGGAGCACCCAUGGGAGGCGGUGGCCCAGGACGAAGAGCACGAGGAGGAGAUCAGCGGUGCUCAGUUCCUGUGCGAGACGGUCAUGCGCUCCCUCACGCUAGAGGAGGCCCCCGACCACCGGCCGCUGCGCAGGAGCCGCCAAACGCACGUUUCUUUCCUCUCACGUGGUCCAUAUUUCGGUCUUGAGAAGGAGCCGUCGCCUGAGAACGGCGAGCAAGAAGGGCUGACAACACUGCCAGCUUUGCUGGAACAGCAACACGACGACGACGAUGAUGAAGAUGAAGAUGAAGAUGAAAAUGUGAAGGAUGACAAAGUGGAUGACUGGGAUGAGGUGAGCAGCCAGACGUCAUCCUCCUCCUCCUGUGACGACUUCAUCAUCGUCCUCCCCGACUGCUUCGACAUGAGUCGUCCGCUGGGGGAGUCCAUGUACAGCUCAGCCAUGUCGCAGCCCGACGCCGUCGUCACCGCCACGCUAGCCAGCCCCGAACCCUCGCGAGAGGAAGACUACGCCUCAGACGAGGACUCGCCGCCGCCGGGAGAGGAAGGCGAGGAGCGGAUGGAGGAUGACCUGGCGUGCGACGCUCCACCGUCGCCCGCCCUCGUCAUCCACAGCAGCGUCAACCAAAUGCUGUGCGCCUCGCAGACCCUGGACGCCGCCACGCUCACCCCGGAAGUGGUGCCCCCGCCCCCGGCCAUCUACUCACCCAGGUCAGAGGCUUUGUACCUCGCAGAGGACGCUUGCCACACAGUCGACGAGUCGCACGCGCCGAGGGUCCACGCCAACGUUUCAUCAGGUCUGUCCAGAUCUGCUGGAUCAGCAUCCAGCGCCUUUGAGACGUACAACCCCAGACCCGGCAACGCGCUGCAGCCGAGGGGUCAAGGAGGUCUCACCGAGGGCCUGGUCAAGGGGGCUCUCUCAGUGGCCGCAUCUGCAUACAAGGCUCUGUUUACUGGACCCAACUGUCCCAUCCAGCGAGGCGUGGACCCGGCGGCCCGCCAGGACCCCUCCCUCAUGGCCAUGCUUUUGGAGAUGGGCUUCCGAGACCGCCGUCUCAACCAGCGUCUUCUGCGCAAGCACGGCUACAACCUGCUGCACACUGUUAACGAGCUGGUGCAGAGGGCCGAGGACGCGCCGCCCGCACGCGCCGUCAAGGCACCCCACUGACAAAAAGGCGCUCCAUGAUGUCUUUUUUUUUCCUCCCCCCCCCCCACUUCUUUUAUUCCUCUUCGAUAAUAGUAUGUCGAAACGUAUUUAAAGGGUGAGCAGAGUAUCGUUUUCAUUUGGACCAAGCGCGCUAGUGAAGAGCUGCUUGUAGAUGAUUCCGAUUGGUGGUUAGCUUUAUAUGUGGGACGGAAAUUGAAGUCUUAGUGUUUUUCUACGGACGUCUUCUUUUUUGAUGGGGCUCGUGCUAGUAUCCCUUUUCCAUUGCAUGGUACCAAUUUCUGCUUCGACAGGGUUCCAAAUACUGAUUUUAGCUUAAUUCAUCUCUUUGGCUCAAAUUUGCCUCCUUUACUGAACCGGGCUGGUACCUCUCGGUGGAAAAGCGAUGCGAGUGCGAACAAACGCUUGAGUGUUGGUAGAAAAAGUGCAAAUAGCAACGCAACCCUUUUCUCCGUAUAACCGUAGUCCACUUUGCCUAAACAAUGCAAUCUUUUUGUAUCCAAGUACUGUUCUCUUUUAGACGUUGACGUGUGGAAUGUAUACAAAGAAUAUAUACCUAAAUCUAUAUUACCGCGGGAGUUUCGAGUGGUGUUCCGGUGGUCCGCUUGACGCCUUCUUCCCGCGCUUUCACCAAAACCUAGCGAAGCUCGUAUUAGCAACCUGAGAUGUCUCUGCAAACAACACAUUCCUCAAGCUCCAGUGAUACCAACACCUUUUAUUAUAGCUAUCAUUAUUAUUGCCUUUUUCCUCAUAUAAGCUUCAUCACUAUUAUUAGAGUUGCUUGUUCUGCGCUGUGUGGUUUUGAAGCGGAUUCCUAUUCCUUUAUUGGAGUGAGUGUGGUUUUGAGGUAUCGUGUUGUCCGUGUUGUGCUGACUGUCAAGUUCCGCUUGUCACAUGUUUUGCAAACACUUUCACAACCCUUCUGCUGUAGAUCCCCAAAUAAACAAUUUGCACAUGAAUUGUA